UUCACACACUCAACGUGUCAAGAAACAUACUUUUUUUGAAAUGCAAAUAUAUAUAUCCUCGAAUCCAUGCAAAGGAGCAGAUUUAGCCCAAAGGCUAGCUAAGGGGACCUCAGAUCUUUCCCUUCUUGGAAAUGAAACAGCAAGAAAACCAAAGUAUCUGCUGGCAUUAGCAGUUGGGAUUCAACAAAAAGAUGUUGUGAACAAAGCAGUCUCCAAGUUCUCUGAUGACUUUGCAAUAAUGUUAUUUCACUAUGAUGGAAAAACAAGUGAGUGGGAUCAGUUUGAAUGGUCACAAAGAGCCAUCCACAUCAGUGGUCUAAAACAAACUAAAUGGUGGUUUGCCAAAAGAUUUCUCCAUCCAGAUGUAGUGGCUGAAUUUGAGUAUAUAUUCAUUUGGGAUGAAGAUUUGGGUGUUGACCACUUCAAUAGUGAAGAGUAUAUAAAGAUUGUGAAGAAGCAUGAACUAGAAAUAUCACAACCUGCUAUCACAUCAAGAAGAGUGCCAAUAUACAAGAUCACAAUGAAAAGGAAUCAUGUGGAAGUUCACAAGAACGCACAUGAAAACUGUACCAACCCACUUUUACCCCCUUGUGCAGGAUUUGUUGAGAUCAUGGCUCCAGUGUUCUCAAGAAAAUCAUGGAGUUGUGUUUGGGAAAUGAUUCAGAAUGAUUUAGUCCACGGGUGGGGUCUUGAUUUUGCAUUUUGGAAAUGUGUGGAGAUACCUCAUCAACACAUAGGAGUAGUUGAUGCACAAUGGAUACAACAUUUAGUCUUGCCAACUCUAGGAACACAGGGUGAAUCCAAAAGUAAAAAUAAGAAGCGGCAGAGGUCAAAGGCUCGAGCAAGGAGUUAUUGUGAAUGGAAGGAGUUCGAAAGGAGAAUGAAAGAAGCAGAAAAACAGCAAUCUCAGAAACUGUAAAACCAAACACCAUUCCAAUUAACAAGAACAAAUCUGUAUUACUUUCUUACACAAAUACUAGUAGUCCAAAAUGAAUCACAGCAUGAAA